AUGGACAAGUCAGGUACUGUUUUUGACGAAAUACGGUCAUAUCCGGGCCAGAAAGGAUGGAAGGAUUACAUCGUCAACGUGGUGUAUGACCGAUACGCCCUAGACGGUCUGUCUUAUACAAUCCAAUUCUUCUUAGGUGGACCACCAGGCAAAGACACGAGUUUUGAAAAGCGCAGCUACAUUGGUCAUGUGUACUCCUUUGGUGGUAGACAGAGCUCAUCCGGGGGCUCUUGCAACAACUGCAAGAAACAAGCUGCAGCACAAGUCCUUUCAUGUGCUCAGGUCCCGUUGACGAUCCAUCUUCUUCACCAUAUCAGAGACAAAAUUCCCGACCACUCUAUCGAGAACUCUGAUGAGAUUGAAGACUAUCUUAGGCUUCAUCUUCAAUGGAGGGUCGUCAAGUAUGGCGGUGAAGUCAUCUCUGAAGAAGCAUGGAAGGACUUCUCAAAGCUCCAAAUAUCUGUCUUGCGCGGUGUCGGUCGAAUCAGGUCGGGCAACGCACAAAGUGCAGUUUCAGUCUCUUCUUUGUACAGCGAUUAUGUUCCAUUACCUGAAAUUACUGAUGGGAAACCCGGUGGCUUGCAGCGCGACAAAACCCCCGAAAACAGCGAGCCAUUCGUUCAGCAGAACAAGAACGCUGUGCAACCACUCCACAAGGCGAAGUAA